GGGGUUUUCCACUGCAGAGAAAGGAAGGGUGACCGCCUGACUAGGACUUUCUAGGAGCUCCGGUUCUGUCGGAGCGGUCGGAUCCCUCUGCUCCAGCCCUCUUCACUUCUGGCCAACUCUGCUGACAGACACUGUCUUGUUGGAUGAACAAGCACCUCUGGAAGAAUCAGCUGAGUGAGAUGGUGCAGCCCAGUGGUGGCCCAGCAGAGGACCAGGACAUGCUGGGUGAAGAAUCUUCUCUGGGGAAGCCUGCAAUGCUACAUCUACCUUCAGAGCAGGGUACUCCUGAGACCCUCCAGCGCUGUCUGGAAGAGAAUCAAGAGCUCCGAGAUGCUAUCCGGCAGAGCAAUCAGAUGCUGAGGGAGCGCUGUGAGGAGCUGCUGCAUUUCCAGGUCAGCCAGCGGGAGGAGAAGGAGUUCCUUAUGUGCAAAUUCCAGGAAGCCAGGAGGCUGGUGGAGAGACUGAGCUUGGAGAAGCUUGAUCUUCGGAGUCAGAGGGAACAGGCCUUAAAGGAUUUGGAGCACCUGAAGAAAUGCCAACAGGUACAGAUGGCUGAGGACAAGGCCUCUGUGAAAGCUCAGGUGACAUCAUUGCUUGGAGAACUCCAGGAGAGCCAGAGUCGUUUGGAGGCUGCCACCAAGGAACGGCAAACUUUAGAGGGAAGGAUUCGAGCAGUUAGUGAGCAGGUCAGACAGUUGGAGAGUGAGCGGGAGGUGUUACAGCAGCAGCACAGUGUCCAGGUGGACCAGCUGCGCAUGCAGAACCAGAGUGUGGAGGCUGCCUUGCGAAUGGAGCGACAGGCUGCUUCAGAGGAGAAACGGAAGCUGGCUCAGUUGCAGGCAGCCUAUCAUCAGCUCUUCCAAGACUAUGACAGCCACAUUAAGAGCAGCAAGGGCACGCAGCUGGAAGAUCUGAGGCAACAGCUCCAGCAAGCUGAGGAGGCCCUGGUAGCCAAACAGGAAUUGAUUGAUAAGCUGAAAGAGGAGGCUGAGCAGCACAAGAUUGUGAUGGAGACUGUGCCAGUCUUGAAGGCCCAGGCGGAUAUCUACAAGGCUGACUUCCAAGCUGAGAGGCAUGCCCGGGAGAAGCUGGUGGAGAGGAAGGAGUUUUUGCAGGAGCAGCUGGAGCAGCUGCAGCGCGAGUUCAACAAACUGAAAGUUGGCUGCCAUGAGUCAGCCAGGAUUGAGGAUAUGAGGAAGCGGCAUGUAGAGACUUCCCAGCCCCCUUUACUCCCUGCUCCAGCUCACCACUCCUUUCAUUUGGCUUUGUCCAACCAGCGGAGGAGCCCUCCUGAAGAACCUCCUGACUUCUGUUGUCCCAAGUGCCAGUAUCAGGCUCCUGAUAUGGACACUCUACAGAUACAUGUCAUGGAGUGCAUAGAGUAGGAGCAGCAGAUACAAGACCACCUGUAGAACUAUAUCCUAAUCUGUGUGACUUGUGCUUUCCUGUUUCACCUGCAUAGUCCACAGUUAAGGGCUUGAUGUCAAAAAGCAGGCCCCAGGACCUAGCAGGACCCUUGCUUUGGCCCUUUGGUCCUCCAUUAGGGUAAACAGCUCUAUUCAGGGCUGUUUUUGCCCCCCCUUUUUUUUUCUGUGUGCCUGAUCCACUUUGCUUCUGGUGACUUCUUCCCUCUUCUCCCAUAUUCCUAGGGAGUCUAGAAUGGAGACCAGGGGUGCUCAGGGAGCAUCCCUUCUCCAAGCAGGUCUGGGUGCAACUUUUCUUCUCUCCAACUGGUGUCUUUUUUGCCAGUGAACUGCAGGCUCUCCUCCCAGGGCAUGUGGCACUUGGGUCUAUAACAUGUGUUACACCUCUGGUAGACAUGUGGAAAGUAUUCUGUCCUUUUGUUACUGUAAUUAAUGGUGUAGUGAAAGUACUUGUACACUGAUUUAGGGAAGAUGCUUAGAUGUGACAUUGGAUCCUUGCCCUGGAGGAGGUGGGCAGACCUUUGGAUUUUUGCUAUCUCUAAGAUACACUGUUUUUUACUAAAGAAGAACUUAAGUGUCUUUUUCUGGGGCAUGUGGGCCCUUCUUAAUUCCUCUGAUGUAACUUGGAUUUUCAUAAUUCCUACCCAUUUUUCUGUUGGGACAUUACCAUUUGUUCUUGGGCUUUGGAGAGCUUUUUGAUUAUCAAUCAGGUUGGUUUUGACUAUCACAGAAAGUGCACACCUUGUUCCACUUUGAUUGUGUUACUGUUUUGGGGCCUAGAAGCUGUUAUAUACUCCUACUUACCCAUUCUUUACUCCUAUUUUUUGGGGGGGAGCUUUGGAAUUAUGACUGCUUUGUCACCAGAAAGGUAUUUUACAUAUAUGCUUUUCUUUUUCUAGCCCCAGUGUGCUCUUGUUUUUGCCAAGCACAUUGUUGCCCUCUGUGCAUGGUGGUGGCCAUAGUUCAUCACACUCCUGGAGUUUGUGAUCACAUGUUCUUUACCAGCCAAAAUGUCCUAGGGAACCAUUUAGCAGUGACUGAAUGAUUAAAGAAAAGGGAAUACUUCACUUGUUUUGCAAGGUUCUAAACAUUUUGUGGGACCUUACGAUCAUUGGUAUUAGACUUGCAGUUCUAGUAAAGGAAAGGAGGUUGUAGUUGAGAAAGCAAUAAAUAUGCCUUGCUUAUU